AGCAACAUCAAAAUCAUCCCAACUCAACGAGGCUACAAGCAAAUCUCAAGUAGACCCAGCACCUAUAUCAAGAUGGCAGACGGAGGACCAAGCGCUACUCCGCCGGACAUGGAGGAGGAGAUUGAUCUUUAUGAACUCCUGGGCGUCGACAAGUCUGCCAGCCAGACCGACAUCAAGAAGGCUUACAGGAAGCUUGCCCUGCAACACCACCCAGAUAAGGUUCCGGAGGAUAUGCGAGUCGAAUCCGAGGUCAAGUUCAAGGCAGUCACCCAAGCAUACGAGAUCCUGCGAGAUGAGGAGAAGCGGCACCUUUACGAUACCCACGGCAUGGCCGCCUUUGAUCCCUCAAGAGGCGGCCCCGGCGGCCCCGAGGUCGACCUGAACGACAUCCUCUCCCAGAUGUUUGGCAUGAACAUGGGUGGUAUGCCCGGCGGCGGCCCCCGCCGGCCCAGAAGAGGCCCCGACGAAGAGCAGGACUACAAGGUGACCCUGGAAGAACUGUACAAGGGCAAGACGGUCAAGUUUGCGGCAAACAAGAAGGUCGUCUGCGGCCAGUGCAAGGGGACGGGCGCAAAAGAUAAGAUCAAGCCGAAUAAGUGUGAUCGCUGCAGGGGUGUCGGUAUGCAAGAAGCAUAUCGCCAGGUCGGCCCGGGCCUAGUCCGCAAGGAGGUCAUCCCGUGUGACCAUUGCCAGGGCUCCGGAAACUACUACAAGGAGAAGGAUCGCUGCAAGAAGUGCAAGGGAAAGCGCACAGUCACCGAGACCAAGGCCUUGGAGAUCUACAUCCCCAGGGGAUCCAUGCAAGGAGAGAGGAUCGUGCUAGAGGGAGAAGCAGACCAGCUCCCAGAUCAGACUCCCGGAGACAUCAUCUUCACUCUUGUCGAGGAACCUCAUGACUUGUUCACCCGCAUUGGGCACGACCUCUCAGCAGACCUGAACGUUACCUUGGCGGAAUCAUUGAGCGGAUUCUCCCGGGUCGUACUCAAGCAUCUCGAUGGUAGAGGCAUCCACAUCGAUCACCCACGUGGGAAGAUCCUCCGGCCUGGCGAGAUCCUGAAGGUACCGGGAGAGGGUAUGCCCGUCAAGCGAGGUGACGAAAAGGGAGAUCUAUUCCUCGUCACCAAGAUCGAGUUCCCCGAGAAUGGCUGGCUGAAGGAUGACAAGGAGUACGAAACCUUGCAGAAGCUCCUCCCGCCACCAAACGCGCCCAUUGCUACCGACGACGUGGAUGAAGUGGAGUAUGAAGCGGACGCGGAUAUCGAACAGAUGGGUGCUCACCAAGGAGACCCAAGAUAUGGCAAUGAAUGGGAGGACGACGAUGAGGAAGGCCAGCCUCAGUGUGCUACCCAAUGAGAAGACGUCGAUGGGGAAAAUAUUUGUUGGCCGGGGUUGUGAAUGACGCCAAGCCUCAUGCCCAGCAAUCUAUCUCGCCAGGGUCCCGCGAGGGCGCUACCUUUGGUAGCGGUGGUGUUUAAGAGAUGGUUGUUUGGGGAUGGGAGGAUCAAGAUGGGACGUCUUCGGUGAAUCCCGUCCGUGAGGAAGAUCUCGAUAUCACGCCUGUUUCCACGUCCUUUGCAAGACUACCUCGGGGUAGCGAUCUUCUUCAACUAGCGGCCUAUGGGCUGGGGCUGGGACUCCCCGUAGGUGCUCCAAGCCACUCAUAGCCUCUGGCCUGUCACGAUCAAGCCAGGCCAGAUUCAUAAGCAGGCCACAUUUCCGGACCGUGUGGUCUGGGGAUAGUGGCACGUAAUAGAAACCAUAGACCAUUGCAAUCUUAUCCGCGACGUACUUUUUCACCAA